AUGAGAAAUUUGAAAUUUCAUGAGAAGAAAUUGCUAAAGAAAGUGAAUUUGGAAGAGUGGGACAAGACAAACACGAAAAGAGAGCAGCUUGUUACCACAAAAUACAAAUUGCACAAUAGAGAAACUUACAUGGUUUAUAAUCGGAUUGUUGGCAAAAUUAGAAAACUGACGGAAUCAUUGGCUCGUUUGGAUGACACAAAUGUGACUAAAAAGUAUCUAACGAACAAAAUGCUGAAUAAGUUGCAUGAAUUAGGAGUUAUCCCAGAAAAGAAACUUUCAAACUGUAUUAAGGUCACUGUGAGUGAUUUCUGUAAGAGAAGACUUCCAGUUGUCAUUGCUCAACUCAAAAUGGUUGAAAACUACCAAGAUGCAGAUAGAUUCGUUCAACAUGGUCACUUCAAAAUUGGAACCAAAGUUGUACGUGAUCCUGAGACAUUGAUAGACGUAAACAUGGCUCAAUACAUCAAAUGGGCAGAUAAGAGCAAGAUUAGAGAGAAACUCGCUGAAAUCAAUGGCACAUACGACGACUACGAUAAUUUGUAG